GCGAGUCUCUGCAUGUAGUUAUGUGUGUAUACUCGAAUUACAUUGGUCAGAAAAGUGGGGAGGAUCCUGCAGCGAGUAGACUGCAGGAGUACUGUUCAGCCUUCAGCCUUGUACUAUAGUUCAUUACGGAGUACUCGAUGUUCUUGUAUUUUUUUUGGUAGGCUGUGUUCUUGUGAGCAAACAUUAAAAAUGCAUGACGUGCUGUUAGAAGAGGAGCAAAUCAAGUUCAGGCGUGUCGGCAGCGUGGGCUAAACAUUUUACGCACUUUCAACUUUACGCAUGCUCUACUUUGCCGCUUUCACGUUUCUAGUUGUGUUUUACGGCUGAGUGUCAUGUCGCGCUGACGAAGCGACUGUCGGUUUCGAUAGCAGACAGAUAAGGAGCAUGUGAAGUGAGCUGGUCGGGCUCAGAAAUGGAGGAGGCACCUGAAGCACACACGGAGACCAAAAACACAGACGGUUGUUUCCACAGGACCUUCUCAGCCCUGACCGUGGACGAUGUGUAUGAAAUAGCCAAACUGAUCGGCACCGAGGUGGAGAAACUUAUCGACGGCUGCGGCAAAGAGAGCGUCGUGGGUCUGGUGCCCAAAAUAGUGAAAGUACUCGAGCUGCUGGAGAGCUUCGCGUCGAGGAACAAUGCUCACAAACUGAGGGAAGAGGAGCUGCUCAAGACCUUCGAGACAUUACAGCUGCAGCAGCAGAAGAAACGUGCGGGGAAGGAGAUCGACGAGGGCGGCGAUAAAAAUGAAAUACGGCAGGAGCUGCAGCAGAAGGAGGAGCAGUGGAGGAGGAGGUGUGAGGAGCUUCAGACCCAGGUGCAGCAGCUCCAGGAGGACAGGGAGGAGCUGCAGAGCAGGCUGAAGGGCAGCCAUGCACAGGAAGACCGUGUCCAGCGACAGGAGAGAGAGGUGAUGUUAAAGCUGAAGGAAGUGGUAGACAAGCAGAGAGAUGAGCUGCGGGCAAAAGUCCAGGAGAUAACCACCAUCUCCAGAGAGGCGGAGGCGCUCCAGGAGCAGUUGGAGCGCUUCAUGAAGAUGAAUGCGGAGCUGCGACACAAGCAGAACGUGAUGCAGGCCCAGCUGAAGAGCACCGUGGAGAGGAAGGCCGACAUGGAGGCCGACCUGAAGGAGAAAAACAAAGAGAUAGAAAACCUCCAAACACUGCUGGACAAAGCCAACAGCAACGGACCCUCUAGUCCAAGUCAAACACUUCGUGAGUCCAAGAAAAAGUUGAAAGCCGACCAAAAGGAUCCUGAUCAGCCGUGCUUCACCAAGAAGGAGGUGCGUGACAUAAUUUUCGAGAGGAACGAGCUUAAAACCAACCUGUUCCUGGUGCAGGAGGAGCUCAACUACUAUCAGAGGGAGAUCCUGAAUGAGGAGAGGUGUCCAGGUUUUCUUUUAGAAGCGGUCCGCUCUGCCAUCCACAAGAAGAGAAAGCUCAUUAAGGCAAAGAUGCUCGGGAUUCCUUUGAAAGAUUGCAGCAGCAGUGACGAGGAGGACAGGAGUUCUCUGUUUGGGCAGACAGAAGUAGACGGCCCUGUGGCCAACAGCACCGACAAACCAGCUGAGUCACGCAUUCAAAACCUCUUUGGCUUCCUGACGCGGUCGGGCAGCGGCCGGAGCCCCACCCACAUGAGCAACUCCGCCUCCAGCUGGGAGAUCAUCGGAGACUCAGAGGCCACUGAUGAGACGGGGCAGGGACCGUCGCCCUGAGCCUGUGAGACACCCUACUGCCCUUAGUCACAACUUCUUCCUCAGCUUUGAACAGAAAAUGUGGUUGUGGCUCUGAAAAAAACAGCAUGAGGACAUUUGAACGCAACCCAAGUGUGUUUAAUACGAAAGCACUAUGUGAGUGUGGGAAGAGACUAUUUUAAACCAACUUUUUUGCCUCAUUUCGAUCACAACUACUUUCAUUUCCCCUUUUGUUAAUUUCACUCUUGCCCCCUUACUUCUCCAUAGAAGUUAUAAAAAAGUAUAUUUAGUAUAUUACCAUAUUUAUGGUACAGUGUAUCGCAAUAAUAAGAGGGAUACUAUUUAACUCACCACAAAUAGAGACUUCCUUUUGUAUCAGUCAAGUAUCAGGUUAUCCUUAUCCAUUAUAAGGGAAGUGGAAAAAUGGGUAAUUAUACUUAAAUAUUUAUAUAGAAUCAAACAUCUUUAACAUAAACCAAAGACAUUACAGAGGUAUAUUUUUCUGAAAUCAAACUGCAUAUGGAAUACAGUAUUUCAACUUCACUCAGAUAAAUAAUAGGUGUUAUAUCUGACAAAGUUCACCUCUGUUCCACAAGGGGGCGCUGG